AUGGAGACGCGGGACAACACGGAGAAGGAAGAGUUUCGCGAGGAUCACAAAUCAAUCAUCGGACCGAUACAUGGAGAGGUGAGUGGUGCAAACUUUGUGGCAACAGAAUCUAUCCUGGUCCUGGCUAUAAAGGUCCUGGCGCCACGCAAGACUUUGUCCCCGGCCUUUGUCAAGCAAAUCAUGUUCCAGAACAAAGCAUGA